AUGAAUAUGAGUGGAAGCAGUAAAUUUGAUUGGCUUUUAUCAUCGUUAACGCCUAAUGAAUCUCAAGUCCCCUCAACGGCCGAAAUAAUUCAAAAGUGUCUGUCUGUGAAUCCUUUUGAUUUGAAAUUUCGAGAAGCAAACCAACAAAUUAGUAGUAGUGGACAGCCAGGCAGUAUUGGAGAUUCACAACUAGUUGGGACAUCGGGAAAUUUACCGGCGACUUCAGUUUUGUCUUCAGUUCUCAACUUGCCCCCAUCCAUUUCGUCAACUCAUUCUCCUGGAAUUUUUUCAAAUAUUAAUGUUCUCACGGCUGAUAUUGAAGGAGAAAUUCGUAAAACUAUUGAUCUAUCUAGAAAAGUUCAACAGCUUCGAGAAAAUGGAUUGUUAAGCAAACAAGAUGAUAAUCAACAACUAAAGACGCCGUGUACUUCUGAUGUUUUAAAUGCUGUAAAUGACUUUUUUUAAUUUUUAGGGAUUAUUUUAAGAAGAGGAAAUGGAGGGAGAUUUGAAAUCACUCCACAUCCUUUUCAUUUUCCCUUAUUAAGUCAUUGGGCAAGGGCCGGACCUUCUACCUUUUUUUGAAAUUUUUGAAUGGUACUUGCUCGAUAUUCAAAGUUACUUGGUCAAACUUUCUCCUUCCCUUUAUUAAAAUGAUCGGACAAACAUCGAGAACCUUCGACCUCCUUGCGGUUAUAGUAG